AUGGCUACUGUGUAUCAAGUUGGUGAUAUUGCAGGGUGGACAUUCAACUACAAUUACAAUGAAUGGGCUUUUUUCAAGCAAUUUCAAGCUGGUGAUACCCUAGUUUUCAACUACGAUCCACAAUUGCACAACGUGAUGCAAGUUGACAUCAACGACUACAACUCAUGCACUAGUAAUCCAAUUGCCACAUUCAACUCUGGUAGUGAUUCAAUCACCCUUGACACUCCUGAUGGAGACUACUUCUUCUUGUGUGGUAUUCCUGGUCAUUGUGCAUCUGGACUCAAAAUACACAUCAAAGUUAGUCCAACUACAACAACAACAACUCCUCCUCCUCCUACGACAACAAAUACUCCAUCAACUCUUCCUCCUCCUCCUCCUACGACGAUGAAUAAUCGUUAUCCUUAUCGUUUUCCUACUUCUUCAAGGAAUCACUCUUCUGCAAGCACUACUGCUUAUUCAUUCAACAUGUUAUUUGCAUUGUUUCUUCUACCCAUGGUUUAG